CCAGUGCCCGGUGUUGCCGAGUCCGCCGCCUCCUUCAAAAGCCCUAUUACAAGUUCUCCUCCCAAGUGGAUGGCUGAAUUAGAAAAUGAUGAUAUCGAUAUGUUAAAGGAGUUGGGGAGCCUCACUACAGCUAACCUGAUGGAAAAAGUUCGUGGCCUGCAGAACCUGGCUUAUCAGCUGGGACUGGAUGAAUCUAGAGAAAUGACUCGAGGGAAAUUCCUGAACAUCCUAGAGAAACCCAAAAAGUAGCUGCCACAUCUGGAGUUUGGACAAAAAUACCCAACUAGAUCAUUUUACGUACUGUGGAUCCAGAUGAACCCCAGAACUUCUAAGAAGUACAAAGCUCUUGCUCCAGACCUUCAGAAGCAAACAUCUCUUUUUGCUUCCACAGCUCUUCUCUUUACGGGGAGAUGUGUAUUGCAUACACAGGUCACAAGGACUGCAGUUGGUUGCAUUGGAAUUCGGACUUCGUCUGACCAUAAGAUGUCCAACAGGAGGACUCGGCCCUGACAUGCUGUGGCAAAGUUACCUGUUUUAAUCAGCUAUUCAAAGCGAACAGCCAGAGUGUCCUUAUUCAGUUGCUCUCAGUGGCAGCACCUGUUUGAAGUACACAGCAGAUCUGACGCUGGCCAGUGCGCAUCAUGAGGCAUUGACCCUUUUGUGUGUCUUUUGUCUUAGAUGCAUUGAUUUCCUAUGUGCCGCUUCUGUGCUGAAAGAUUUGAGCAGAGUUUGGGGUGCGGAUUGACCGAUAGCACUGGUUCAGCAGGAGCAUAUGCUUUUAGUGUAGAAGUUGAGUGCAGUCUGUGCGUUAGAUUCCAGUUACUCACUGCCUUCAGAGAAGCAUGUCUGGUACUCCAAGGAGGACCUCCAGACCUUCGGUGUACCGGGAGCUUCAUCUCGCUGCUAAAUGGUUCUCUAGUGAAAUCAAGACUGACAGACCAUAGGGAGUAAGAGGUGUUACUGUAUCAUGAAGGAAAAUAUCCCUACAGAAACUUCGGCCAGUACACAAAGAAACAGCUUUGUCAGUCCACUGCAGUUCUCGGCUUCUUACAGAGCUAGAAACUGAAGAAAGUUAUGAAAGUUGAAAGGUGGUAAUAUUUUCAGUUAGUGCUCCAAGAAGGGGCAACAGGAUUGUUAGCCACAUUGCAAGGCUAGUCUGCUUAUACAAAAUCUUAACACUUCUAAAAAUAACAUUUUGUGGUAUUUUUAAUUACUUACAAAACAGGAACCUCAAAAUUUUCUUCCCCUACAAACCUACAAUUUUUAAAACAGGAUUUUCUGUGACCUGGUCUCUUUCAGCACACAGUUUUGGGCUUUAUUCAUCUUAUAGUUUAAUGUAUUUUACUUCUGUUAAUGCACUUCUGCAUGUUCACCCCUGAGAAGAGGUAAGGAGCGUGUUCAGACUUUUUAUUUUAUUUAAGAGGAAAAUUUUUUUCAUUUCAUCCUCUUUCCUUUUCCUAGAAAAAAACAUUUUAAGCAUUAGUAAAUAUGUUCUUUCUAGGUUACAACAUAAUAUUGAAACAUUGGAUGAAGAGCAGGGUUUUUUCUCCAUUUAGAAAUGUUAUUUUUAGCAUGCAAGCUUUUCAAAACUUGUCAUUUCCCAGGCUGCAGUCACAUGUGAGAGGAGAAAUGACUUGGAAAUAGGCUGUCCUUAGAGCAUUGCAUUUUUUUGUCUUUGCAGAUAGUAGACUCUUUUCAGGUGCAUGUGCAAUAAAAAGGAGGAGAUUUUUUUUAAUCAAAUAGACUUCUCUGAAUUUUUACGAAAAUGCUGGUGGCCUUUCGGCUUUUAGUCUGUGAUCUUGGUUAUUACCUGUCAGAACUAAGCGCAUUUUGGACAGCUCCUGUUAACUAAGUUUAAGCAGUUAAAACCCACAUCCCGGAAAGACCCCUGCACAAAUAGUGAGUAUUUGGGAAUGUCAGGAGUCUGAUUUUAAACUUAACGGAUUUAUUUCUGUACUUCACAGUUUAUGCAGGGCUGAGCUUAACAGGAACGCCAUCCCUUGAGAACACAAGAGUUAAGACAGAUGAAUGUGAAGAGAAGUUAAAAGUGAUAAUUCAGAGAUGGAGAAAAAACCUGCUGGUGCAAACUGAUGUUGAUGUAGCUUAAGUAUCGAAUUAUACAUUUUGAAUGCAAUUUUAAGUUUGUACACUAUAUACAUAAUAUAUAUACACAUAUAUGACAUAAUGGGAUACUUUGUCUGUAUCACCAGUAUGAGCUUGUGCAUUUUAUAGAGGUUUGUUGAUCCAAUACAUUAAGAAACUGAGAUCUGAAAGGAGGAGGAAUAUAGGAGAAGAUAUGAAAGCCCAGCAUGGAAGUAAAUGUAUAUUUUCUGAUACGUUCAGUAAGGAAUUUCAAACUGUAGGUAGUUUUUAGUAACAUACAUAUGUUUUAAAAAAAAAAAGACCACAAAAAGCCUUUUACCAUAUGCAGUACUUAUCUUCUGUAGGGCAGCCAGUAACGUAUGCUUUAGAAUUGUGGUAUUUAUUGGCUUUGUACUUGUCAUCUGUAGAGAUGAGUCAGUGAUAUGGUUUUUUUAUUGGUAAUAUUUAUAUGUAUUUUUGUGUGUUAGCCAGAGAAUUGUAAUCUGUCUGUUACUGCUUUGUGGUUUGAUAAUAAACAAAUGCAAAGCUCAGAGAUUCAUCUGGGUUUCCAAAAUAGCCCUCUGAGAUGCAAAAGCUUUUGCUUAGCCACCUAGGCAAUACUCUUCCUCAGGCUUUUCUUCACACUUCUGCAUGCCACCACCUCAGGGUUUGGCCUGUGGAUGCUCCAUUCCCAUCAGUAAAUAAAUAUUUGGCAAUAUUCAAAUGGUACUAAGGGUUUUCAUACCCUUUUGAAUCCUAUUUUUUUCCUUCGGUGAUGUCCUUCCUGACAUCCCUGCAGUAUCUGUCUAUACAAGAAAAUCUGGGUGACUUCUUGUGGCUGAUAACCUUCUGUAUUUUGAAACAAAAAAAAAAGGUUUGAUAAAUUAAAUGAUGGGAAUGAAGAGUAUAAGAAGAUCAAGAUUUGGUAAUAUUAAUCAAGCUAAUGCAUUGCUUUAUAAAGUGUUUUCAUGUGUUGAUAUGUUAAAUGUUACUGUGAGGUUCUUGGAAAUAAACCCAAUAUGUAUUUAGUUCCUUUUAAAUGCCAGUGUUACAUAUAUUCAGUUGUAAAGGCUAUUCACUUCAGUCUUGGAGUAUCAAAUGCUUUGCUGCUUAAUCCAACUGAGAAGAAAUUCUUGUUUGUUACAUUAAUCAUUAUCAAAAUAAAAGUCUAGUUGCACUGGCAA